AUGCAAAGACAAUCAAAAGACGAUGCCAGUUCUACUCCCGAAACAAUGGACACGGCAGGCACGAGUAGGAAAAAAGGUCGUUGCUAUUUGUGCAAAUCAGACAAUAAAGAACAAAAUGCAUGUAUGAAGUGUGGCAAAUACAUAUGUAAUGAAGUUAUUCAUGCAUUAUGGGAUUUAUGGAUAGAGAUAUUACCAAAAAUUGUGAACCCCAGUGCAUAUGUUACUGUUAAUGAACAAUUGGUUGCUUUCAGAGGAAACUUCCCUUUUAGGCAAUACAUGCCCAAGAAACCAGUCAAGUACGGCAUCAAGCUUUGCGUUCUGUGUGACAAUGAAACUGGCUAUGUGUGGAACAUCCAACCACAUCUUGGAAAACCAACAAACCAACCUCGCGAGACAAAUCAAGGUCUUAGAUUUAUCGUAUGGUCUGAAAGGACAUAA